AUGCCUCUACAGAGAGUACAGUUCAUUCUAUGUAUUAUAAUAUUAACACUUUUACCCAAGUGCUAUGCUCCACCAGUUUCACAAGAUAAUAAUAUAUACACCAGUAAAUUAGCAGUGGUUUCUAUCCUCCGAACUAUCUUGCUCGGUUAUAUGACACAUAUUGCAACUAUCAGGCACGUAGCAGGAAUUACUAUUGCCACUACACCUACCAGACUAUUUUUUGCACUUGCAUAUCCUUCCUCUGGAAUUGGCACAGCAGUAGGGUCCAUUCAUAGUGCAUUUUAUGGAGAUGAGAUACUCGGAAUUACUCAAUAUAUGUCUAUCUUGAAAGAGUACGAAAAAGAAGACAACGUGAGCGACGCAAACAAAAAAGAAUCCCAUCAUCAAGACCAAGUCAAGACAAUUUCGCAAGAUUCGUUAAUUUUAACCAAAGUGUAUACGCUAGACAGCGAAGAAGAAAAAUACGACGCUACCAAAAAGACGUUAUCCGAAAAACGCCGUAUAAAAGUUGUCCGGCUAAGAGAUAGACUAGUCAAGGAUGCAAAGACAGAAGAUAUUGAUAUUGAUAUUAAAAAAGGCAAUAAUGCACCCUACCUGGCAGCGUUCUUACACGUAAUGGGCCCUGAAAAAGCAAGAAAAAUAAAACACUGCAUCUUGAAUGACUCUAUAACCAUCGGAUUUAAUGAUACAAACAGGCCUGGGAAUAAUGGUUACGAUUGUGACACCGAGGAAAUAACUAUUACUGGCCCAGGACUAGGUUGUGAUAAACAAAGAAGAGUAUACCCAAGUGACAUUCGUUACAUGACAACCAAUAUGAUAGAUCAACUUGAAGGAGCCUACAAUGUUGAUGACACCUCAUAUAUUGAAAUAUUUGUUACUAUCGGCCAGCUAUUCUUUACCACAGUUGAAUGCAUGGACAUAGACGGAGACAGAUGGGCCAAGGUGAUUAUUAUCAUAUACACAACAAUGUCGGUUCUUCAGUCAGUUUCGCUCCUUGCCUUACACAAGCAAACAAUGGCCUUUAGUAUCAAAGUGGAUGAGGUUGAAGAAAAAUCAUGUGCAGAAGACAGCAAAAUUUCAACUGAGACAGACCAUAGGCUCCCAAGUGAAACUGAGGACUUUAGGAAUCAUGGGGCAGAAAUUGUUGUGGGUUUAUCUAAUAUUCUAGGGAUUAUAAUAUUUCUACUUAUCGGAAUAUGGGCAGAUUAUAGUAUUCACAGCACAACAGAAUGGCUUGUAAUCUCCUGGAUUCUAAGUCCUGUUAUAUUAUCCAUUGCAGUUAAACUUGUAGAGAUAUUAUUUCAUUGCACGUUUGAUGGUAGUAAUUCUUUAGUAUAUGCUAUAUCGUCUAUUCCAAUUGUAUGUUUAAUCGCUGCUACUAUUAUUGGAUAUUUGCCAAAGUAA